CAUUAAAAUCAACAUGCUUCAGGUUUUACAUUGAUUCAUUUUUUAUACCAAUGCUCACUUGGUUCACUCAAGCUCAGCUGUUUUACUAGUUUUAUAUUUUCAUUUACCUUUUCUUUUUCCAUGUUAUGGUGGUUCCUUAGUUAAUUUUGUUUUUCUUACUCUAUCUUUUUCAGUUUCUAAAACCAUGUUCUGAUAGUCAACUUAUGUUUCUAUAUUGUUUCUAUUAUCUCAACAAUUUAUAUUCCGCUAGCAUUCAAUACCACUAGCAUCAUCAGCCGUUGUUUUUGUAUAAUUUUCAUCUUCAUUGCCUCUCUAAACAUCUAUACUUUGUACCAAUAUUUCCAAAAUGGAAUGGCUCAAUUGGAACUCUAUCACAUCUUAUUUACGCAGCAGUUUAGGCUAUCACAUUUUACUUGAAGCAUUUCUGUUGCUCAUUGUUGUCUAUUUAAUGUUCCUCCGUAAAAAGAAAUCAAGACGACCGGCAAAAUUAUCUGAAAAGGAAAAGCAAUUAUUGAUUGAUGAAUGGAAACCAGAGCCAUUGGCACCUGAUAUACCAAGUGAUCAUUAUGCAUUGAACCCAAAAAUUGUCACAAGCAAAUACGGCAAGCAUAUCAUAGUGGAUGGUAAAAAGUGUCUUAAUCUAGCUACACACAAUUAUCUCGGAUUAAGUGAUGAAAAAUCGUUGGAAGAUGCAGCUCUCAACGGUUUAAGGAAAUAUGGAGUUGGCUCCUGUGGUCCUAGAGGUUUUUAUGGAACUGUAGACAUUCACCUCGAAUUGGAGAGUCGGCUAGCUAAAUUUUUAAAUGUGGAAGAAGUCAUUUUAUAUUCAUAUGGACUGUCCGCUGUAGCAAGUGCCAUUCCUGCUUAUGCUAAAAAAGGUGAUGUGAUAUUUUGUGAUGAAGGAGUUCAUUUCGCCAUUCAAAAAGGCUUGACAGCAUCUCGAAGUACCAUAAAAUAUUUCAAACAUAAUGAUGUAGACGAUUUACAUCGACUUUUGAUUGAACAGGAAAAAUUUGACAACAAGAAUCCAAAGCUUGCUAGAGUCAUUCGGCGAUUUCUUGUUGUUGAAGCGUUGUACAUGAAUUAUGGAGAUAUCUGUCCUCUGCGUGAAAUGAUGGAACUGAAAAAAAAGUACAAAGUUAGAAUUUUCGUCGAUGAAACAGUUUCAUUCGGUGUUUUAGGUGAACAUGGUAAAGGAAUCACUGAGCAUCUAAACAUACCUAUUGAAGAUAUAGAUCACAUUUCAUCAACCCUGGAACACGCCAUAAGUGGUUACGGAGGUUUUUGUGCUGGUACAACUUUCAUAAUCGAUCAUCAGAGACUUUCCGGUCUAGGUUACUGUUUUUCUGCAUCUUUGCCUCCUCUUCAAGUAGCUGUUGCAAUUGCAGCUCUUGAUAUGUUAGAAAAUAAACCCGAUUUAACAGAGAAACUUCGUUCUAACUGUAUAAAUAUGCACCAAAAACUGUCCAGAUUAUUAUCAUGCCGUGUUCAUGGAGAUCCUAUUAGCCCAGUUAAACAUUUGCGAUUUUCUAAAGAAUUGAGUUCAUACGAUGUCGAAACAGAGCAACUUGAGAAAAUCUGUGAUCAUGCACAUCAAAAGGGAUUUGCUUUAGCCAUAUCACGAUAUCUUGAUGAAGAAGUUUUGAAAAAUCGUCCGAGUAUCCGUCUGCUUAUCAAUGCUUCACUUGAAGAAACCGAGUUAACCGAAAUCUGUGAUGUAAUAGGAGAAGCUUUCGACAAAUUUAUUAUUCUUUGAUGUAACCAUGUUACUAGACCUCAUACACAUACAAAACACAAAAUGCUCUAUUUUAGGUCACAAAUACACAUUCCUCCAAUACAAAAUGGUAAGAGAUUAUGACCAAGAUCACGAAAUCCUUUCUGCAGCUUCCAACAAGUAAACAGCAUUACCUCGUACUACAAUCAUUCCCAAUUGAACCUUAGAAUCUUUGGAUUCCUCUGUCGCCUCAUCCAAUACCAAAUUCAUGAAAGGGUCAAAACCACGUAGGAUUCCCGAUACUUUUCGAGCACCAUUUAGUGUAAGAGUCAAUUGUUUGUCUAAAUAUUUUUUCAACUCAGGUGGGUGAGCACGACUCAUUUUCAAGCCAAAGUAACAGCUUUUUCACACAAAAUAAAAAAAAGGUCAAAACUUGAUACCAGAAAGUUACAAAAAAAAAUCAGCAAUCUUUCUUUGCACUAAAACAGAAAGUUGAUGAUUCACAAAAUAAUUUAUUACAAUGUCAAUUAACUAGAGAGAUUUUUUACUGACAAUAAACAAUGCAAUUUAAAA